CGCUCUCUACCGUCGGACGCUUGCAACAAGGUUCUACACUCAUCCUUUCCCGGACCAGUACGUGCACAAAAGUCCCGCCAUGAGUGCCCAGAAGAUCCGAAAGAGCGCUGGUGCUGAACCCGAUGAAUUCGAGGCUUCUGUUGCCCAGGAGCUUCUCAACCUUGAGAUGACUUCCCCUGACCUCAAGGCCUCCCUUCGGGAUCUUUACAUUACGGCCGCUAAGGAAGUGGAUGUCGGCAACGGCCGAAAGGCUAUCAUUCUGUACGUCCCUUACAAACUACGAAAAUCCUUCAACAAGGUUCACCAGAGACUUGUGCGCGAGCUUGAAAAGAAGUUUUCGGGACGCCACGUUAUGAUUAUUGCUCAGCGCACCAUUCUGGGAAAAUCCUUUCGCCGCAACCAAAAAACCAGCGGUCCUCUUCCGCGCUCGCGCACAUUGACCGCCGUUCAGGACGCCAUUUUGGAAGACAUUGUCUAUCCUACCGAAAUUACAGGCAAGCGAACCCGGGUCAAGGUUGACGGCAAGCGUGUGUUGAAGGUUUUCCUGGACAGCAAGGACCAGGUUGACGUUGAGGGACGAACGGACACGUUUGCCGCUGUCUACGGAAAACUGACCAACAAACAAGUCUCUUUUUACUUCCAGUAAAUAGCUAAACAGUUAUAAAUAAAAGGAGUGCAAAGCUG